CGCAGAUGCUGGUCCGAUGAUUAACGUGACUGUACAGUGUACAGAGUACGGAGUACAGAAUAUGUCUCUCUGCAAGGCAAGUUGAGGAUCCUCACACACUGCGUGAUCAGGACAUGAUGAUGUCUGUGCCAUGCCGUGCUGCUUACUCCCGCCAGACGCUCUUCGACCAGCCUCUCUGCUUGCCUGCGCAGCACACUCGUGGAUCCUACUGAAGACAGCGGGGAUGAGGCAUGGGACAUGGGACAUGGGACAUGGGACAGGGAGCCACCUAUGCUUCAGAACUGCACUGCGCCUUCUCGAACUCGUCAUCGAAUGCUGCCAUGUCAACGAAAAGAUCAGGCGAAAGAUGCCAAAGCCCAGCCCAGGCCGGCCCUCAGACCGUCAGACCGUCAGACUUGUCACUCUGGCCUACCACGACACAUGGAUUUGGAUCUGGAUCUGCGCAGUCUGCUGUACCCUGUACAGAGUACGCUGCACGCUCUGCGCCAAAGAAUCCCCGUCCGGCAGAUUUCGAAACACGCUCUUCUCACUUGCCUCGCAGUGCUCCCACCUCCCCACCGCUGCUCUUGUCCAAUCAUAGGCCGCACACCACGUUUGGGCCUCAGAAACGACUCCCUGCUCCCUGUCUCCCCUUCCCGCACCGUAUUCGACUAUUCUUCCUGUCAUACUGUUAUCCUCCCUCCCGACCUUCUUUUUUACUUGCUUCAACCUGCUUCGCUUUCGCCUUCAUCCACUACCUUGGCCUGAGCCUUGACGAUUCGCAGUUCAUGAGGCAGUAAUCCUGGACUCGCUUGCAGUUCGGAGCUUCCCCUCCUCCCUCCCCCUUCACUCCUCCACCCCAUGUGAACGCAGAGAUGUGCUGGCACCUGAAAGGCGAGAGAG